AUGAUGCAGACUCUGCGGCAGCAGCCGGCGCAUUUGAAAAUCAUGGGCAUGGACUCGGAGUGGUGUCGCAAUUUGCCGCUGGCGGUCGUUCAGUUUGCAACAUCCAGCCACUGCUUUGUGCUUCACAUCAGCUUUUUCGACGGCCGCACUUUGCCCGCCGCUGUGAAGGAGGCGCUCUGCGACCCGAGCAUUAUAAAAUGUGGAGUCGGUGUAAGCGGCGAUGUCUCGCGCCUCCAAAAGGAGCAGAACAUCACGAUUCAGAGUGUGCUUGACGUAGCUCAGUACAGCGCUCUGUUUGGCCUUCAUCAAGGUGCACAAUCAAACCUGAAAGUACUUGCGAAGAGUGUCGCGAAUCUAUCGAUUGAGAAGGACAAAAUGAUUACACGUAGCAACUGGGAGCUGCCGCUUUCGGACAGCAGGGUCAACUAUGCAGCGGAAGACGCACUGGCCUCCUAUUUGGUUGGCCGGGCCGUGAUGCUGAAGGCAUCGGAGGUGACCGACAUGAGUGCAGACACCUUCGAUGCUGUGCAGUGGCUCCAGCGCACCUCGUCGAAGGCGGCAAUGGAGCUAAAGAAGCUGCAGCGGGAAACGUCGAAAUCGGAGGCCGAAAAGAGGAAGAAAGCUUGCCCCGCAUCCAAGAUCAGUGGCGGUGAUGCGCUCCUAGCGCAGUUCCGCAGCGGCACCAAAGUGCGUGUGCUGGACAGAAACGGAAACUUCAUAUUCGAGUGCUCGUCAGGAAGGGGGAAAUUCUACGUGAUGGAAAAGAAUCUGGCGGUGAUCACAAAGCAUGCAAAGAGUGAUCCGCGCAAGGCUCUUGAGAUACAGCUUUUGUUUGAUCCGAAAGUGAAAGUGCGGCUUUGCAUGUAUCAAGCCUUGGGGUUCUGUGAGCUGCAAGACCAGUGCCCAUUCGCUCACGGCGCGAGCGAGCUGCAGGCAGACGCUGCAGCCUUAGUGGAUUCGCAAAUCCCAAGCUGCGCUUGUUGCUUGGGCACUAAGGGGCUCCUGCGCCACGCUAUAACACCCCCGUCGUUUCGAAAAUUCAUGCCGCCACCUCAACGACAGGCACUCGACGACGAUUAUCUACCUGUGUGUAAGCAAUGUAACUCAACUCUGCGCCUCUACUAUGACGAGGAGAUGAAGAGAUGCUACACCCAGGCCGAGGAGUCGAGCACCAUGGUGUGCGACGUCAAAGUGGCGGCAAAGUGCACUUUGUAUGCUCGCCUGUUGCUGGACGCCGACAAGCUCGCGAAAAUCCCGGCCAACCGCCGCGAGGAGCUCCAGCAAUUUGUGAAGCAGAACUGGAAGAGCACCCUCUUUGAAGAGUUCAAUUCUGGUUUUGAAAUUCAUGAGCCCGUGGUGCGAGAAGCGGCGUUCCUGGAGCGGCUUGGGAAAAUCGUCCCCGGUGACAUGAGAGCAAAAGUGACCAUGGCCGUUCUCGUUGGCGAUGAUGAGGAAAAGGCGCAACAGUUCAAUAAGCGUUGGCGUGACUACUGCUUUAGUACGUGUGGUUUGAUGGAAAAGAAGAGCAACCAUAUGAGCUAUAAUGCCUGGAAGGCCUACCGCGCUCAUAAUGGCGAGCCGCAAGCCGAUGACGAAGAGGAUGGCACUCCGCAAUAA